CCACGAGAUAGAGAGAGAAACCAAAGGUGCAUGGCCUCAACAACAGCAGGUGUCGGUGGUGACGGUGCUGUGGACGGCAGUGGCCAGAAACAUGAGCAGAAGCCUGUGGGUGCGGUGGAGGAGGUGGUUGUGUCCGAGGAAGCCGGCAAGGGCGGGAAGGUCAAGAGGGAUCCGUUCAGGAAUGUGGAGGCGGUGCAAAAGGCCUGGAUCCUGGAGCAGUUUGUGCUGGAGGAUGACGAGCGUGUGUGGCUGGUCCUGCGCCCGACGCUCAGCUGGUAUUACUACGCGCUGGCGGUGGUAUGGUACCUGGUCGGUGUGAGUGCCAUUGCGCUGAUUGCUCUUUUUAUCCUUGCCUUUCCUACCGUCCUGCCGUUUGGCCUCGCGGCGUACGCCGACCGGCGGACGAUCUUUGGCGCUGCGGCGCUGCUCAUUGUGCGGCUGACAUCGUCACGUGUGAGCAAGCACCUGCAGGCCGCACAUAUGGUCUACGUCUUUACCAACAUUCGCAUGGGCUUUGUCUACUGGCGCGAUGGCCCGCCGGACUCGUUUGCCACUGUCCGCUACGACUCCAUCUCGGGCCUGCGCGCCUCGUUUGAUGCCGCCCGCUUCGGCUCGGUCACCAUCAACGAGGUUGUCUGUCUCAAGACCGCGGCUGAAAUGACCAAGCUCGCCGCCGCUGCCGGCUCGCCGCCGCGCACCGAAGCCGACGCCGAGUACGGCAUGUACGGCGUCGUCAAGCACACCAUCGCCAACAUCCCCGAGGCUGACGACAUGGCCCGUGUCCUCCGGCGGCUAGUCCACGAGCAGAAGGAGCCGCGUAACAAACUCGAGUGA